UCUUAAAAACAGGAAUAACUGUUUCACCCUUUGCACUGAGCAAAAUUCUUCAGCAAUCCAUCAUUUCUCCACAUUUUGCUGAUAGAAAAGGAAAAGUCUUCAGAAAUAGUUCUCCAGACUUCUUGAAGGACCUUAAAAGGUCUUCUUUGGAUGCUGGCUGCCUUUUGUUCCGUUGUCUCUCGCAAUGAUCCCAGACCAAUCCAAGACUGAUAGUGUUCCAUUAUGUGCUUUUCUAUCCAGAUAUGAUUUUACUGCAGUGUACUUGGGAUCAUUGUCAUGAGGAAAAAUAAAGCAAAUGUCAAUCAGAUGCUCUCUAGAUGGUAUUAUGUGGUGGAUCAAACUCUGUCAGUACUUUUGAGUGUUUAUAAUUCCAUCAGUUUUGACAAGAUCUCCAACUGCAGCUCCAACCAUAACAGAGCUUCUACCAUGGCUGUAGACGCUCACUGCCAAGCUUCUCUUCUCAACACCUUCGUACUGACAUUACUUUGAGCCCAAAAUGUCUUUAAAGUUUGGAUUAAUCACUCCAAAGCCCUUUUCCCAUUGAUUUUUCAAUCUACUUCUUGUGUAAUUUUGCGUACAUCAACCUUUGUUUACCUUCCUUAAGAACGGCUUCUUGACAGUCGCCCUUCCACCAAGACAUUUGUGAUGAGGUUUCAGCAAACAGUAGGUGCCAGUAAGGGCCAGAUUCAUUUCUUCCUAUUUUGUAAGGACAUGGCUUUGAAAAUAUGUUUACAUUAGGAUAUGUUUCCUUUUGUCCUCUAUUUGUCCAGUUUUCCCCAAUUUCUUAAAGACAUACUGUACUGCAUUUCAAGUUUUUCUUAUAGAUUAGUGUUAAGUGGCUUAAAUAUUCUGAAAAUAGUCAGAUACCAUGACUGGGCUGAAAAUGAGUGGAACACCAGUCCAUGUCUCUCUUCGAGGGAUAGCUCAAGACUUUUGAACAGUGCUGUAUAAUGCACCCUGGAUCUGGUUUUCAGUAAUCUGUGGUAACCUAACCUCCCGAUCAAUAGCUGCUGCUUUUAUAUUAUUCUUUUAUAACAUCUUAUCACAUUAGCGUGACAGGGAAGGGGGCUUGCGCUGUGAAAAAAGCUGCAUUGUGUCCAAUGAAACCUGGCCCGUGUAAAGAGCAAACCAGUGAGCUGCAAGACGACUCCUCCUUGUGUUUUAGAGUAAUUAGAACUUCUUCCUGCUGGGGAGUUCAGACCUAAAUAUUUAAUCUUGAAUGGAACCGUGGCAAAACAUGUCAUGCUGCCUGGGUCUUUUGUGUCUCGUACACACAGUCCGUGGUGGCAGAGCAGCUGCUAAGGCACUUUUUGUUGUAAAUAGUUGGUGAGUACUGGGGGCUGUGCCCGGUGGGCGUGUUGGAGACAUUCUGUAGCAUGUCUGCACAAUUGUCUGAACGCGUAGAUGUGUGUCAGAGAUAAGGUGGGACUGUGUGUAUGUGCAGUCUAGGGACAGCGGCAGCAGCCGGCAGCGAGUGCAUGUGCAGCAGAGCUGACGGAGGCUGGAGCUGUUUUGAUCAGAGAAAAGAGAGAUGGAGAUAAAAAGGCUCUCAUCCUAGCAAAGAGGUAGCAGUGAGGCUCUACAGGGAGGGAAGAGACCCAGGCUGACAGAAAGAUGAAAAACAGGCAGGAUCUGGAUGACAGUCAGUUUUUUGGCUGAACACUGAUAUGUGUCACAAAGAUGUCCACACGCAGCUGCCAGGGAACAGACUCUGUCAUCAAGCCCCUGGACACCAUCCCUGAAGACAAGAAAGUGAGAGUUCAGCGCACGCAGAGUGGCUUCGACCCGUUUGAGAAGCCCGCCAGUCAGGUGAAAAGGGUCCACUCUGAGAACAAUGCCUGCAUCAACGCCAAGAGCUCAACUGCUGGCAAAGAGUCCCCCAAAUUGCGCCGCCACUCCAGCCCUAGUUCUCCCACCAGCCCCAAAUUUGGAAAGGCAGAUUCCUAUGAAAAGCUGGAGAAACUGGGAGAGGGUUCAUAUGCUACAGUUUACAAAGGAAAGAGCAAGGUGAAUGGAAAACUAGUGGCUUUGAAGGUGAUUCGACUACAAGAAGAAGAAGGAACACCCUUCACAGCCAUAAGGGAAGCAUCUCUUCUGAAAGGCCUGAAGCAUGCUAACAUCGUCCUCCUUCAUGACAUCAUCCACACCAAGGAAACCCUAACUCUGGUUUUUGAAUAUGUGCACACAGACCUGUGUCAGUAUAUGGACAAACACCCUGGAGGACUGCAUCCAGACAACGUCAAGCUCUUCCUGUUCCAGUUGCUGAGAGGUCUGUCCUACAUCCACCAGAGGUACAUUCUUCACCGUGACCUGAAACCCCAAAACCUCCUCAUUAGCGACACUGGAGAGCUGAAACUCGCCGACUUUGGCCUGGCCAGGGCCAAGUCGGUCCCCAGCCAUACCUACUCCAACGAGGUGGUGACCCUGUGGUACCGGCCUCCAGAUGUCCUGCUGGGAUCCACAGACUACUCCACCUGCCUGGACAUGUGGGGAGUGGGCUGCAUUUUCAUUGAGAUGAUCCAAGGAGUGGCUGCAUUUCCUGGGAUGAAGGACAUCCAAGACCAGCUGGAGAGGAUAUUCCUGGUCCUUGGCACUCCCUCUGAGGAUAUGUGGCCUGGUGUUAACUCCCUGCCUCACUUUAAACCAGACCGCUUUACAGUGUACAGCGCAAAGAAGCUCAGACAAGCUUGGAAUAAGUUGGGCUAUGUGGACCAUGCUGAGGAGUUGGCCUCCAAGUUCCUCCAGUGCUUCCCAAAGAACCGGCUGUCAGCUCAGGCAGCACUGAACCAUGAAUACUUCAGCAACCUUCCUCCACGGCUCUGGGAGCUGCAGGACAUGUCUUCUAUCUUCACCGUACCAAAUGUCAAGCUGCAGACAGAGAGCGGGGACAGCAUACAGGUGUGUGCACGAAGGAACAGUCAUGGAAAGGCAUCCUCUGGCAGCAAACACUGACCUGAGGCAGCAUCCUGCACACGACUGCCUGACAGGUACGCGCUCAUUAGCAAACAGUAUGCUGCAGCAGAAGCAGCAUGAAGUAACACACUCUCAAAAGAAUAACAUGGAACAUGCAGACAGAAGGUGAAACUUUAAUGAUAUGGAUAUUUUCAUGUGCUAUAUUGCUUGUGUAGUAUGUGAAGUAGUACUUGUUUGUGUCGCAUGUGAAUUUGAGUAGUGUGUUCUCAAAUCAAACACGGUCACUUGUUCUCUGACCACAACUGACGUUUGCAACACUUUACUGGGAUUGUCGUGCUAGCUACGGCAUUUUCUGAAUAUCUGUGACUUGCUGUUCCUCUGAACACACAUAAUAUUUAAUCACGCUACACAGGUUAACGCUCAUAAACACAAAAUCUGUAGUCUUACCUGAAAUGCUUGAAUGCGCUGUUAGCUAAGUAGCUUGGGUAAGGCAUGCACAGCAUCCCACAGGCCGCCGCUGCUUUGGGGAUAUGCUAUGAAGUUAAUAUUUUCUAACAAGACAUGUGGAACAAGUGCUUAUGGUCGUGUUUUAUCAGAGUUACAUGUCUUUAUAUGAUCAAAUAUGGUUUCAGUUUAUUCUUUUGUGCAUACAGUGUGGCCUUAUAGAGGAGAACUAGCUAAACAGUAGUAAACCAUUUCUAAAACCUGGAUGUUUACUCUCAGUUCAUGCUUUGUUAUAUAUAUAUUCUGCAUAUUUAUCUGUCCAUAUAUAUACAUAUGUAUGUAUCUUCGUUGUAUAUGUGACACAUGCAAGGGCCUAAUGUUGUUGGAUCAUUUCUUAUAAUUGAUUUUACCAAGAGCUGAUGUUGCAGUGGGAUUUAUUUUUCUCUCAUGCUCCUAUUAGUGAGUCGAAUCAUAUUUGUACAUCUUUGGUUUUUUUAUAAGACUAAUCAGCCGAUUUUCUCAUAAAUACAAGAAGAAAAUCAAACAGUGAUGUAAUGGAAAAGAUUGUCUAUUAGAACACAAAAAUGUCAAACAACAUGAAAGUCAUUAGCUAUUCCCUCGCACAGUUCUCUGUCUGACACUGAUCUGCAUCCUGCCGACCACCACGGCCUUUCUUUUAACACCGAAGCCAUGAGAUCUGUGCCGCCUGCACUAAAGCAGAGAAUCCAGUAAUAGAUGGAGGAAUGGCUUUGAGUGGGCGAAGAGGGUGUCCCAUUCUUUAGAGACGGGGGUUCUCUUUCAGGGCU